UGAUGUUUGUUGUAUCAUGAUGUCUGUAGUGUCAUGAUGUUUGUUGUAUCAUGAUGUCUUGUAGUGUCAUGAUUUUUGUAGUUUUCCCACCAAAUCUUUGCCACCUCAGUCAUCAUUAUGUAAGAUGGAAUGUUGGCUGACUCCUUUGGAAUGAAGACGUAGAUAUACUGGUACUGACUGUAUAUGUAACAUGUUCCUCAGGUGUGAUUGUGUUUGUUGUUCCAGGGAUAGUGGAAGAGUACCGUCCGCCCUUCUUUGACAUGGUGCCCUCUGACCCCAGCUUUGAGGAGAUGAAGAAGGUGGUGUGUGUGGACAAGCAAAGACCCUGUAUGCACAACAGGCUGCACUCCCACCCGAUCCUGUCUUCCAUUACCAAGAUAAUGAAGGAGUGUUGGUUCCAGAGCCCUCCAGCCCGCCUAACAGCUCUCCGUGUCAGGAAGACCCUCUCCAAGCUGGACCAGGACCAUGACUACCCCACAGAGAAACUCAAAAUGGAUCUGUAGGCCUCAACUCCAGAGCAGGACGGACGUCUAGACAAGCAGGAAGUCUAGACCUUAACAUAAGACUACAACCAGCACACCAACAUUAGGGCUGAUAGUCUUGUAUAGAGACUAUCUAUAUCCUUUGCUACUAUGUAAGACUCUCAGUGUCCCAUAUUUCUGGUGCCUCUUCCUAAAAGGCCCUCACCAACCGUCCGUAUACUGCCUGGAUCAUUUCAUCAGGAAUACGAUAGAAGAAUUUUAUGUAUUUGCUUUGGCAUAUUAAUUUGGCGAGAUCUGGAAUGAGACAAGCAUAAGCAUUGACAAAUAAGGACUUGGAUUUUAGAAGAGUUUACUGAAAGGACUUCCAUAGAACAUGGACAUUGUUUUCUCCUAGCGGCCCACAGGAUUGAGAGAUCAUCAGAGUUUGGUCCUUGUUAUAGCCUUAUCCUGUGAUGCUUUGGGGAUGGACGUGCUGCCUUUGGAUCAGUGAGGCCUUGUGAUGUAUGAUCAGAAUGAUCACUACAAGCGGCCGUUAAUGUCUUGCUAGUGCCUUAUUUGUUUUGAUGCACUAUACAUUUUGUAUAUCCUGGAAGCCUUUAGAGCUGACCAUAAACAGAACCCUGAUAAUGUGUUACUCGUGAUCAUAGUAUAAGCCCAGAGCUAAUGAAUUAGUUGUAUCUAGCAAUAGAAUAACGUAUCACCAGCAUUGGAUUUACUGUAAAAGCUGCUCAAAGUUAAAGUACCUAUGUAUAUUAUGAUAUUUAUGUAUUUCUAUUUGUCUUUUAUCUGAAAUUAUAUAUGCAAUACUUUCAGUGUAGAAAUACUAUCAUUAUCAUCACUACCAUUCAACAUUAAGGGAAUAAAAAACAUUACAUCGA